AUGUCUGCGACAUUGAAGCCGGCCUAUGAAUGCCAGUUUAUUUACCCCAUGGGCUAUGAGUCCUGCGCCCGCGCGACUUGCGUUCCAGUUGAGCCGACAGCUCAGGGGGACAACGACGGCAGCGAUCGCUCGACCAACGUCGGCGCAAUUGCUGGUGGAGUAAUAGGCGGCCUCGCAGCCCUCGCCAUCAUCACGUACUUGGUCUGGAGAUUUUGUGUCAGGACACGGAGGCAACCAACCAUCAUGGAGCCAUGGGACGACGGGCAGGAUCAAGGUAUGGAAGGAGAGAAGACCUUUGCUCAACGACGGGACCACCGCGCCUCGACACAUACCACCCAUUCCAUCGCCUCAACCGUCCUCACUCGCGCCUCGAACAUCAUCCAGAUCGCCUACAUCCCGGGCGUCACCAACCGCGCGACAGCGUCCCCGACGGUCCUCGUCCCUCCUGUCCCGCCCCUCCCCGUCGGCGUCUCCCAAGCCGGCACUCCCGCCAGCACCGAGGACCAGCACUUCUUUGUUCCCGGCGAUCUGCGCGAUUCCACCUACUCCGGACUGUCGGCCUUUUCCGACCGCACCUCCUACGCCCGCACCUCGUACGCUCCGCGGUCUAGUGUGGCGUCCACUAUCUAUGGCAAGAGCGCCGUUGUCGUUGCUCCCGCCCAAACCGGCAUGCGGGCGAAGCCGGCCAUGGUUAGCGUGAAGUCGGCCCACUCCGGCAACUCGACCGGCAGCUCGACCCCACCUGUCCCGGCCGUCGACUAUGAGAAGUACAACCUGAUGCCGCGACCCCCCAGUCCCGCGAACAGCACCUUCAGCGUCGGGUCGACCUUCCUCAACAACGCCAGCACUGCUACUGCCACCCCAGCCCGUGCCAUGGUCGUCCGCGUGGGGAGUGUCAAGAAAGUGGGCGCCAACAGGCCGCCGAAAUCAUCUUCCGACGCCAACUCCGACACGUCUCCGACGGCAUCCGGGUCCACCAUCCGCGAUUCGUCAGCCCCCACCCUGAUUGUCGACUCUCCCGCCUCGGAUCAGAGCCCAUUCUCGGAUCCGCCCAAAUCCGCCUCGCACAGCACCACGACCCUGAGCGCUGUGAUCGAGGAGGCCACGAGGAGGGCGUCACAACGAGACUCGACCAUUCCUCCCAAAGGGAGGGAGAGGAGUCCAUUUGGUGACGAGCAUGCUACAUCAUGA